AUGCAGCAGCGCGCGCCGCCUCUCCGCCUCCCCCUCCAUCUCCUACUCCUCCUCGUCCCGGCCCUCUCCGAGGUUCCCGACCACUACGCCUCCCCGCGUGUGGGCUCGGGCACCAGAACGGGGCUCAGUAAUGCGCCGGCGCAGGAGUAUCUUGACCCCACCUACCCAGUCCCGCGGCCCCCGCCGGUGGCGCCGACCUGCGUAGUGCCGGUGCUCUCCUACUCCUUCGCCAACACCUACGGCGCGCCCCCCGCCAAGGCCGCGUAUGCGCCGCCGGCCGGGUGCCCUGCGCCCUGGUCCCUCGUCGUUCUCUCCUUCUCCGUCGCCAUCGCCGGUGACCAGUACGACCGCGUGGCGGCCGUCUGGCUCGACGGCGCCGAGCUACUCCGCACCACCACCGCCGAGCCCACCCCCGACGGCGUCCGCUGGACCGUCCGCAAGGACGUCACCCGCUAUUCCGCGCUGCUCCGGUCCCCGCCCGGCGGCGUGCUUUCUGUUAUGCUGGAGAACCUCGUCAACGACGUGUACACCGGUGUAUACAACGUCAGCGUGUCCCUCGAGUUCCACGGCGCCCCUGCUUACCUCGUCAACGACGGGGGGUCCUCCUCAGCUGCCGGCUCUGCGGACCCCGGCCAAAAGCUGCCGGCAUCGUACUUCCAGCCGGCGGACCUGAUCCUGCCAAUCUCGGAGGGCACGGGCAACAGCAGUGGCUUCUGGUUCCGCAUCCAGAAUUCGUCGGAUUGUCGGUCCAAGCUUGUGAGCAUUCCGUCGAACACCUACCGCGCAGUCCUGGAGUUCUUCGUGUCCCCGCACUCAAAUGACGAGUUCUGGUAUUCCAACCCGCCGGACCUCUACAUCCGCGAGAACGACCUCACCACCGGACGGGGCAACGCCGCGUACCGCGAGGUCGUCGUGAGCGUGGACGGCCACUUCGCCGGCUCGUUCAGCCCGUUCCCCGUGAUCUACACGGGCGGCAUCAACCCGCUGUUCUGGCAGCCGGUGGCGGCGCUGGGCGCCUUCGACCUUCCGACGUACGACGUCGAGCUGACCCCGUUCCUGGGGCUCUUGGUCGACGGCAAGGCGCACGAGAUCGUCCUAAGCGUAGUGGACGGCAUCGCCGAGUGGCUCGUUGACGCCAACCUGCACCUGUGGCUGGACCCCGCUUCGCCGAACGUGUCGGCCGCGCUCAGCCGGUACAGGACGCCGCGUCUGUCCAUCACCCGCCGGUACUACACCCGGCAGCCCCUGGACGGGAGGUUCGAGAUCCGUGCCAAGAGGAAGUCCCGGUUCAGCGGGUGGGUGAAUUCGUCGUUUGGUAACUUCACGACGGACGUGGAGACGGAGCUGGAGGCGACCAGCCUGGUGGAGUUCACCGACCAGGGCAGGAACAAGACCGUCCGGCUGCAGGCGGAGCAGGACACGGAGGUCGUCGUCCGGUCGUCGGAGACGCGGAAGGAGGUCGGCAAGGUGGAGACGGAGGCCAAGUACCCGCUGUGGCUGGAGAUGGUGACGGAGGACGGCGAGAACGGCACCUACGUGAUGCGGGCGAACCUGACGCACUCCCUGAUCGUCGAGACGGACGCCGAGGCCGAGGGGCUGUUUGAUGGCGAGACGAAGGUGGUGGAUGAGCAGGCCGCCGUGGGGUGGAUGCUCGUCAGAGACCACGACGUGCUCGACGGGUCCGCGGCCACGACGCAGGCGUACAGGUAUAGCGACGAGGCGGGGAAGUAUGAGCGCGCCAUCGACACGCUGGACGGCGCGGUGCUGAGCGACAACGUGACUGAGAGCUACCGGGCCUUGGGAGACGGCUUGGCUUGGCUUGCUGCUGGAGCUGGACCCGCGGAAGGAGGUGCCAUGGAAUUGUGA